CAAAGUUAUGUCCUCCGUACCGAGACGGAACGAUCGGAAAUAUCCAGUGCUUCGAGAACAAAAAAGGAUAUGCGCCGGGAAUAAUGUCUUUUCCCUGCCCCAUCGUGCAGUUUGAAGGAUUCAACAGAACCGGUUUUCAUAAUGUUUCAAGAUCAGACCAUACGAAUGCAUAUUGCUAAGGUUGGUAGUAUGUGUUCUCAUGAGUCGUCUCCACAAUCAUUCCACCAGAUUACUAUCUCCACAGGAUGAACUAUUGUUUUUUUGUUGUCGGGGAAGAUAUGGAUCUGGCGCAGUACUAUACGCAUUUGGGGACAAUAUACUGGCGACAGACGUUAAGACGCCAUUCCAUAAUAAUUCGGACAAUAUAUGAUCGACAGGAGUACUCCGUACAGAGUACGAGUACCGCUGUCACGGCAAUUAAUAAACAUAAAAAAUGGCAGUGGCUCAACGUCCAACGGAUGUUUCAAGGGCGCACCCGAGACGCGCCCCAUGGCCCUGACUUUUUAUUAUCGCUAGACUCGGAGCAUAACCUGUCAAUGCACGAGGGGGAAAAAAAAAAAAAACGUCCACUAGUUUCUCUCGUAUACUCCGUAGUUAUCGUACAGAGUACUCCGUACGGAGAAUAUGCAGUUUUCGACUCGGGAGCUACUCCGUACCACUAUGUACUAACUAGUGCUAGCAUCGAUCGGUUUCAGUCCGGCCGUAUCUAACCAUUCGGAACCUAUCCAUCGCUAAUACAAACCACAUACUAUAGUGUAUGUGGACCAAUCGCACCAAUCCGAUUCGAAUCAAAAAAAGAUGGAAAUGUCAUCCCUGUCAUUUUAGGUGCUAUCAGUGGCCUGGAUUUCGUUUCUUUUUCGUCCCGGUGACC